CACAAAUACGAAAUUGUAAAACGUUUACAAGCUAGGAAACACAUAUGUGGAAUGACCAGAGACGGAGUAAAAUAUGCUCCCGCCCUCAAGAAAGCCGAUAUCAGGAUUAAAGUGGCUGACGAUGCAGCCCAUAGCGCUUCCGACAUCGUCCUUACCGAGCCCGGGCUUAGUGUCAUCAUCAGUUCUGUUUUGACCAGCCGCGCCAUCUUCCAAAGGAUGAAAAAUUUCACGAUUUAUGCGGUUUCAAUCACCAUUCGUAUUGUUCUCGGCUUCAUGCUGCUGGCUUUGAUAUGGAAGUUUGACUUCCUGCCUUUCAUGGUGCUUAUUAUCGCAAUCCUUAAUGACGGAACUAUAAUGACCAUAUCGAAGGACAGAGUAAAACGUCUCCUCUUCCCGAUAGCUGGAAACUGGCAGAGAUUUUCACCACCAAUGUCGUUCUCGCCACUGCCAAAUCUCAUCGUCUUGGAUGUGAGCCAUUGCAUCAACAUCACAAGCGAAGGCCAUAAAACAUUCGGUUACCAAUGCAAGUCGUUGCUUCACUUGAAAAGAAACAUGCCUGCAUUCGAAGACAAGUUGCCUGAUGAUUCCGAAGCCAAAGCCAUAGCUGACACCAUGCCGCAUCUGCAACAUAUUGAGCUAUGUUUCGGUCGGUUUGGUGAUUCGGAUGUCUCUGAAAUCCUCGCAAAAUGUAAGGCACUCACUGAUAGGAGUAAGACCCCGAAUCACCGGUUCAAAUCAAACGGUAAAAUGAAAGAUAGUUCUACGGUUCGUUUGGAUACAGAUUCACCACCAAACGAAACGGUAGGGCUGCGAUAUCCAACCGAAGAUACAGAUACACCACUCGGGCUAAGAUGUCGUGUCUAAGUUCACCACCCAACGCGCCACGGUUGAGCUAGCAUAGACGAAUUAAUUAACCCACACACAUGAGAUAAUUAACACAAAGAUUUUCAUACUAAAACUCACUGAUCUUUCAUUGCUCACAAAAUGUUUACAUAAAGGAAACUCAACAAAAUAACUACCCCACGUUGCUACAUCUUAGGAAAAAGAAAGACUAAAGUAUAAACUAAAAAGCAGAAAGUACAACUAAAAAGAGCAUGACUAAAACUAAUUAAAAACAUGGGCAUAAAGAGAAAUAACUGAUGUGUGGAUUUGCAUGGGAGCCUUGAACCGCCACCAUGGAAAUUCGACCCGAUCUGGCUAACCCAUAUUGGUGUCAUUUUGCAUGCUGCUACUGUGCAACGGAUCCGUUUUUCUAUCGACUCGUCUUUAACGGUUUGCGAUCCUACGGCUAACGAGCGUUGGCUCAAGAGGUGGCUAUCACUCACUCAUCUUGUCAUUCAAGGGAGUUGGAAUGUAGAGUUGAACGGUGAUCUUGUAGAGAGAUUUGAACGGCUUCAGCAUUUUCA